AUUGAUAGAUUCAUUCAAUCAUUCAUUGCAUAUGCCCAUUUCGAGUCUCAAAUGCAUUGUAAAUGGGUGUUUGGAUUGGUGAUAGCCUCUUUGGAUAGUUUUUUUUAAGGAAUGGGAAUUUAAUUUCCAAACUUUAUGUUUGUAAUGAUAAAACGAUUGAGAAAUAAAUUUCAUCUAGUUUAAAUUUGGAGAGUUAAAAUUCCUAUAAAAAAUAGGAAAAGAAGGGAAAAUAUUUGAGAUCUCGAUAAGCCUGCUUGCAUGCGUUCAUUCUGAUGCCAUAAGCACUUAUGGAAUUUUCCUUUGCUCCAUUGGUCACGUCUCUUUGCUAGUCAAUUUCUCGAGUAAAUGGCAUGUAUUAACAUCAUUACCAAAAGUAUUUUUGGGGUCAACCCGUACUUCAAGAAACGUGAAAUAACAAAAUUUGUACAAUGAUCAUUUCGAUUUGACCUCUUCACUCAGAUCGAACAUAAUUUUUUGUAAAGGUGGUCCUAUACUGCAAGUUACAUGUGGAUUCACUCACUUCACUUUUCGACGGGAUGAAUCCAACAUUGAAAAUAACCGCUAUGAGGACAACAUAAAAGUAUGUUUUGUCUUCUGUUUGUUCCGCUUCUCUUCUCCCCUUCACUUGUUCUUUUUGUUCCGUAAUAGGUAACAUCCCCCCCCCCCCCCCCCCCCCCCCCCGCCGCGCGCGCGAUUUGGAAAGAUAAGGUUUAGAUGUCUUGUUCGGAAUGAAAUUCCUCACUCACAAGCUAUACAAGAGUAAAUUAUGACCGGUCAUUUAGUUAGUGCUUUUUAGAUCAGCCACUAGUAGAAUGACAUAUUUGAAAAGACCGUUACAUAGCGAUAAUUGAUUAAGAAGUUAUUGUAUCCCGACACUUGCAAAAAUUCUAUAUAUAUUUUCAGUUCCUUUUUCUAUGAACGGUUGAGACUAUGCGACAAAAUUGUUGUGUUGACAAACACCAUUUGGAGUUGUCUAGUAGAAUUUUAAGCACGACUUACUAAUCCAACUUUGAAUAGGGUUCUCCCCCUCUCCAACACAUAUUGACUUUCCUAAGUCAAUAUGAAAAUAUAGUUUCCUCUCUUUCUUCAUCCCCUCUGUUUUUUUUUUCUCUUCUUCGCUCUUUUAUUCUUCUAUUGUUUCUCCUAUAGCUAUGUGUUUUCUGCUUUUGUUAUGAAAAUAAAAAUAUUAGAUGUCUUACUUGAUAUGAAAUCUCCUCAAUCAAAUGAUACAAAAGAAAAUUCUUCACGGUCAUUCAAUUAGCUCUUUAUGGUCAAAAUCACCAAUAAAAUAAACUCCAACUGCCAGACCUGCGGGGCGGAAGGGGAAACUACUCUCCACGUUGUCCGGGACUGUCCAUUUGCGAGAUCGGCAUGGGCGGAAAUUCUACAAGAUGAACCUGACUCAAUUUUCUUCCAACCAGACUUGGAAAGGUGGGUGUUACAUUAUAUCACAGGGAAAAGCUCCAUUAUUCACCCCACGAGGUUUGUGGUUCUAUGUUGGUUAUUGUGGCAAAAUAGAAACAAACUUGUGUUUGAGAAACAGAUGGAUUCAGCCGAUGUGCUAUGCAACAGAGCUAUGCGACUUCAAAUACAGAUCCAAGAGGCUGCCGAGAAACUCUCUAGGAUUGGGCUAGCUACGGGAACCAGUGCUGAAGUGUUGGUCGGCUGGAGGGCUCCGCCUGCGGGGUGGAUGAAUUUAAAUUCGGACGGCUCGGUGGUGGCGGGGAAUGCAGCAGCUGGGGGGGUGAUCCGCGAUCAGGACGGAAGGUUUAUUAUGGCAUUCUCUAGGAACUUGGGAGGAGGAACUGUGACGAGAGCGGAGCUAGCGGGGGUGGUGUACGGCCUGCAUACAGCAUGGAGAUUGGGGUAUAGAAAAGUGGUGGCACAAGUGGAUUCUAUGGUGAUCAUUCAGUUGAUUAAGGAGGCAAGAAACUGCCAUCCUCAUUUCACACUUAUAAAUGAAGUUCGUGGACUAUUAGGCCGUGAUUGGGAAGUCGACCUGCAACAUGUGUUCAGGGAAGGAAAUGUGGUUGCAGACUAUCUUGCAUCCUUAGGGCAUGGGCUACCGCCUGGCGAUCACAUCAUCGAACUCCCAUGUUCGCGUUUGAGUCAUUUGCUGUACUUUGAUACGAUUGGGGUUCAGACCCCUCGCAUGGUUACUAUUAAUUAAAGGUUGGGGUGCCCUUAGCGCUCCGUUUUACUACCCAAAAAAAAAAUCACCAAUAAAAUGGCUUCUAUGAAGAAAGCAUUACAUAUAGCUAGUAGCCAGGAGUUAUAAUCUACCAACACUUCAAAAAUCUAGACUCCAAUCCCUAAUACGUGAGUGGUUGAGACUACCCUUCAGAACACACUGGUGGGGCGAGACUAGACGGAAAAAUUAUAGUGUCGACUAUCACCUUUUUAGUUUUUGAUCAAAUCAGUGAAAUCACUUGUAACGAAUCCAACUUUGCAAAUAUGUUUUUUUUCAAUGAAAAUGGAAUUUCAUA